UUCAUGGUUACUCUGCCAUGGUUGCCAACAUGCACUUUAAGUUAAUGAAGCAGCUUUUCACCCUCAAUAUUACCAUUAGCCUUACAUUCGUCGCUGUUGUGGUGGAUUGUCAUUCGUCCAAAGCGAAGUCCUUAUUUGUCCCAUUUUCUGAGCUUGAAAAGGGAGAUGAGAGAUACUUCGAAGCAAAAGAAAAAUCGAACACGUAUGGGGAUGAAAAAACCAUAUCAGUUCACUGUACAGAAUCAGCCAUGGAUAUCAAGAUAAAAGCUGACUUCUUUGGUACUGGAGUUCCCGUUGACGUGGAUCACCUCGCGCUUUUAGGGAAGGUGCCUGUAGACAAAACGUGCAGGGCCUUUGUGUCUGAGGAUGGAUAUUACAAAAUCGUUGCUCCGCUGACUGGAUGUGGCACCAGAUUUUUGGUAACAGAGGAUGCUUUGGCUUACAGUAACAUUCUUGUACACUUCCCAUCCCCUUCUCCCGAAGGCCUGUGGAGAACAGUGCCUGUAGCUGUUUCUGUCACGUGCUUUUACCGCAGGAGAUACAGUGCUAGUAGUAACAUCUUGAGACCCACAUGGGCACCUUACUCGUACACACAGGCAAUGGAGGAUUCCUUGGACUUUUCUCUGAAACUCAUGGCUGAUGACUGGCACCGUGAGAGGACUUCGGGCAUCUUUUAUUUGGGUGAUGUCAUAAACGUAGAGGCAGCCAUUGAUGUGACCAAUCAUGCGCCACUCCGACUUUAUGUAAACACCUGUGUGGCCACCCUCAAGCCUGAUGUGAACACUGUUCCAAAAUACACCUUCAUAGAAAACCAGGGGUGCCUGACUGACGCUCAGCAGACUGGCUCCAGCUCUCAGUUCCUACCACGCCUGCGCGAUGACCAGCUGCGUUUUCAGUUGGACUCUUUUGUGUUCUUUCACAUGGAUCCCCAUCCGAUGUACAUCACCUGUUACCUUGAGGCUGUUCCCACUGAACACUGGGCUCCUGUGGACCCAGAGAAGAAGGCGUGUUCCUUUAUCGAUGGACAAUGGCGCUCUGCUGAGGGCUUUGAUGAAGUGUGUGUGAGCUGUGGCCAUGCCAUGGUGCCCGAUGAGGGAGAGGGCAAGAUGAAACAGGAAAAGAUGGAAACUAGUUCCCAGGAAGACUGGAGGAAAAAUGCUGCUCUAGGACCAUUUAUUGUGCUCUCCAAAGGCGUGAUGUCAAAUAAUAGCCAAUAAAAUAUUUAUAAAUAUAAUGUUGUUUG